GGCUUGUUAACCAGACUAAACGAAAAAUGCGAAUAAUCAUGGCCGACACAGCGGAGAUCACAGAAAAUUUGGUUCUUCGGAGGAUUCGACCGGGGGUUAAAUUGGAGGACUUCAAUAACUGGGUCGAUCAGUCGUUCGAAGAGAUGGACAGCACCUUGGCAGUACAACAGUACAUUCAGCAGAAUAUUCGUCAUGAAAUCAAGAAUAUCGACUUCAUUCUGGAAGCGCCAGAGGGUCAAGACGAAGGAGUGUGGAAGUAUGAGCAUUUAAGACAAUUUUGCUUGGAGUUGAAUGGACUUGCAGUUAAACUGCAGACUGAAUGCAACCCAGACACCUGCACUCAAAUGACGGCAACUGAGCAAUGGAUAUUCCUCUGUGCAGCGCAUAAAACACCCAAAGAGUGUCCAGCCAUAGAUUACACAAGACAUACCUUAGACGGAGCAGCUUGCCUUCUUAACAGCAACAAAUAUUUCCCCAGCAGGGUGAGUAUCAAGGAGUCAUCCGUGGCUAAACUCGGCUCCGUCUGUCGAAGAAUCUACCGGAUAUUCUCACACGCUUACUUCCAUCAUAGAACGCUAUUCGACGAGUACGAGAACGAGACGUAUCUCUGUCGACGUUUCACCACAUUUGUCACCAAAUACAACCUGAUGUCAAAAGAUAACCUCAUUGUACCAAUUCUAGAGCAAGACAAGGAAGGACUGGAAAUAGCAGAGCCAUCAACCGAAUCCUCUGCUUAAAAUUUAGAAAUAUUUUAGGAUUAUGAUUAUAAAAACAUUUUUUUUACUUAGAACCGAAGCCUCGACUCGCUUGGUAAAAUUUACCCAUCUGAAAAAUUGAAAAAAAAA